AUGUUAAAAUUGGUGGUGUUGUCUGCUUUCGUAGCCUUCGUCGCAACCAAACCGAGUGGGUUAUUGGUACAAAAUCCUGUUGUGCAGACUUACGGCGCUCCUCUCGUAGCUGGAAUUCCUUCAGCGGUGAGUCACAGCUACAGAAGCGAUUUGAUCAGUCAUCCUCUAGUGGCAUCACACGCUAUUGUCGAAACUCCAGUUGUUGAAAAUGUUGUUGCCACCGCAGUACCAUCAGCAGUCAGUCAUACGUACAGAAAAGACGUAAUCAACAAACCAGUUGUAGCUGCUGUCAGUACUCCCGUUGUUGAAAACGUUGCAGCUAAAAUUGCGACACCAAUCGUGGAUGUAGUACCAUCAGCAGUCAGUCAUACGUACAGAAAAGACGUAAUCAACGAACCAGUUGUAGCUGCUGUCAGUACUCCCGUUGUUGAAAACGUUGCAGCUAAAGUUGCGACACCAAUCGUGGAUGUAGUACCAUCUGAAGUAAGUAUUGCUAAAGUAGCUGCUCCAGUAGUAUCUGAUGUGGUUGCUCCAUCUGCGGUUAGUCACAGUUUCAGAAGUGAUUUUAUCAAUAACCAAGUUGUAGCUGAUUAUUAUACACCUACUGUAGUUGCUAAACAUAUAGCUGCUCCAUCUUUGUACUACUCUGGAAACUUUCCAAAUGUUUAUGUUUGGUAG